AUGGCUCUAUACAGCAGAUAUGGAUACAGCUAUGAGAAUGCCUGGGAUGAAACAACCGAAUUAACCUACAAACACUUUCCACAAUCCUACCAAAAACUCUUUUUCUCCAACUUUGCCUUUGACUGCCUUACCUUUCUCGCCCUGACUAGUUUUCUCGUCUGGGCAUGCGCUAUCCGACCUUCCAACCAAAUCCUCAAGGGUGUCAUCGCCGCACUUGUGAUGUGGAUGGUCACUCAACUUACAGACAUAAUCUACGAAAUCCUGGUCCUUGCCUCCGCCGUCGUCAAACAGUACUACGUAAUCGACUUCAUACUUGAAGACCUCUUCGAGGUGAUCUUCAGCUGUAUAUUGUUCCUGGUCUUCUAUCAAAUCAUCCACGAACUGUUGGACCGACUUACCGAUUCCGGGAAACCAUACGCACCUCUACGAGUGAUCCACUGGAUCGUGGUAAGCAUCCUCGCCAUCCUUUCCCUAGCCGAAUUUGCCGUCUACGUCGUAUUCGAGUACGAAAUCGUCGAGGAUACCCUCACUUUGUCAUUCUACAAUGAUUGGCGCAAGCUCUAUGGCGUCCGCUGCCUAAUCUACUUCAUUGUGGCAUUUGAGAUCUUUGCUUGGACGGUGUUCGUGGCUGUUAAGGGAAAGCACCGAUUUGGUUCACGGACGCCUCUCUUCGCUCUACUUCUCGGUAGUCUAUCCUGGUUCGGCUAUAGCUUGAUGCUUGGUGUUGUCACCAUUCGCUACUAUCUGAUGCCAUCCACGUAUGCCUAUAUCGACGAACCGGAGUAUCUUGGAGUUAUCACGUCGGUUUUCGCGUUCGUGUUUGUUAUUGGUAUCUUCACUGGUGUUCUUCUUUGUCUUAUGAACUGGUUUAAGCUCGCUGGGGGUCAGAUUUCGGCGCCGCUUUCAACCUCGGUGCACUACCCUCCGGCUCAAUACCCCCCGACGCAAUACCGUCCCGCGCAAUAUCCUUACGAGACUCAGGUGUUUCAGACGGAGCAGCCUCAUGAGCAGAAUGCGCAACAGUCGUACUAUCAAGCCAAACCUGUCUCGAGAUUAUGA